GGCGGAGGCCCCUCAGUGGCCGAGACUGGACGGGCCUACGGCGCCGAGGACCAAGCCGCCGCUAUGGCCCUGCUCCGAGGUGUUUUUAUUGUUGCUGCUAAGCGAACGCCCUUUGGAGCUUUUGGAGGUCUUCUAAAAGACUUCACUGCUACCGACUUGAAUGAAUUUGCUGCCAAGGCUGCCUUGUCUGCUGGCAAAGUCUCACCGGAAAUGGUUGACAGUGUCAUUGUAGGCAAUGUCGUACAGACUUCUUCAAAUGCUAUAUACUUGGCAAGGCAUGUUGGUUUGCGUGUGGGAAUCCCUAAAGAGACCCCAUCUCUCACUGUUAAUAGGCUCUGUGGCUCUGGUUUCCAGUCCAUUGUGAAUGGAUGUCAGGAAAUUUGUGCUAAAGAUGCUGAAGUUGUCUUGUGUGGAGGAACUGAAAACAUGAGCCAAUCUCCCUACUAUGUCAGAAACAUACGUUUUGGAACCAAGUUAGGAUCAGAGCUCAAGUUGGAAGAUUCUUUGUGGGCAGGAUUAACAGAUGAACAUGUCCAAGUCUCCAUGGCACUUACUGCAGAGAAUCUUGCUAUACAACAUAAAAUAAGCAGAGAAGAUUGUGACAAAUAUGCCUUGCAGUCACAGCAGAGGUGGAAAGCUGCUAAUGAUGCUGGCUACUUUAAUGAAGAAAUGGUACCAAUUGAAGUGAAGACAAGGAAAGGAAAACAAACAAUGCAAGUAGAUGAGCACCCUCGGCCCCAAACCACCCUGGAACAGUUACAUCAGCUUCCUCCAGUGUUCAAGAAAGGUGGAACUGUCACCGCAGGGAAUGCGUCGGGGAUAUCUGAUGGUGCUGGAGCUGUUAUCAUAGCUAGUGAAGAUGCUGUUAAAAAACAUAACCUCACACCACUGGCAAGAAUUGUGGGCUACUGUGUAUCUGGAUGUGAUCCCUCUAUCAUGGGUAUUGGUAUGUGUGAAACUAACUGGUUCUAUCUUAUUUCUGGAGAUAGGUCAUCUUUGGCAUUCAAAGUCCUGAAAAACUAG